AUGAGAGGAGAUAGCAGGAGCAAGGCGACACGACCGCUGGCGCCGCCGGCGAUUAGCGAGAGGGACAUGGUGGAGGAUUCUAGACUGGUGAAGCAGGUGAGGGAGCUACGGAGGCUGGUGCCAGUCUGCCGCGAGCCAUGCGGGCUCGGCGAGCUGUUCCAAGACACGGCGACCUACAUCGAGGACUUGCAGGUGCAGGUCAAGGUGAUGCGGAUGCUGCUCGACAAGCUCUCCGAUGAGUGA